AAGAACGUGCAUAUAUAACGCGCAAAAGUAUCAUGUAAGAAAUCAUAUCAAAACAUGCGCUUAUCUAUAAGCUAUAUAAUUAAGCCAGUACCAAUGGUAUCAACAGCAAGAACAUUCAAUGGUAAUGUCAUGUCUAUUGAUUACAUUAAGACUUUUUGGUUAGAAUUUUUACCCCGCUUGCCUGACGAUGUUAUUAGGGAGAUAUUGUGGUUAACUACCCCUGAUAUUAUAUUUAACUGUCUAAGUCUGAUAGAUUGUCUUAAGCCAUUGAUAUACCACGAGUUCUAUAACGACUUAGAGAUAAGUUUGGAAAAGAAGGAUUUACAGAUAAUCAUUGAUAUAACAAAUCAUGCAUUUCCAUUUCAUGCCGUAGGGUUAACUAACACAUUUACUAUUUCACAAAUUCCAUCGGACUUGAAACCUAGGAGCUUAACUAUUACUGCUAAUUCCCAAACUGAAUUGGAAGAGUUUUAUAAGAAAUAUUGCAACACAUUACUUAAGAAUGUUGAUCGAACGCAUAUCAUUUUGCGAGGUGAAAAGGAAACUUUAGAAUACUCCGAUGUCUUAUUUAUACAUUGGUUUCCAAAAUUAGCUAGUUUGGAAGUGUAUCGUAAGCAGCAUCUCAUUAUAAAAUUCCCUAUAAAUACAGAAAUUCUAAAUAAGAUUAGAGACAAUGAUGCUGCUUUCAAUGUCAUAGCUGAAUGUGCUUCUAAAGCAGAAUCUUUAACUAUGUUUAGAAGAAAGGAAAAAUUUAAAAUAAAGUACUUGGGUCAAUUAAGAAGACUUCGAUUGUUGAAUCACAACAUAGGCAGAUUACCAAAGUUACCUGAAUCAUUACAAGAGUUACUGAUUGUUUCAGCUGAUUUUUAUGUUAAUACAUUACACUUUGAAUGGCCCUCGGAUAUGACUUCUAUUGAGAUACGACAUUGUAAUAUCAAUGAUGAGCAACUACUUAGGUUAUGUAAUUGGCCCAGAAGUUUGAGAUCUUUAGUGAUAGCCCGAACCAAUAUCAGUAGAAUUUCUAGUCUAGGUUCAUUACCGAAGGAUUUAGAGAUCUUGAAAGUGUUAUUUAACAAGGUAUUCACUUUAAGAGUAAAUUUUAAUUCAAGGAAUUCGUAUCCUUAUUUCAAACUUCCUGAUUCGUUACUAAAGUUUGAAUAUGCUGGUCCAAGGACUAUAUGGCCUGGUAAAGAUGAGCAUCCUAUAUGUUUUCCUGAUGGUCUAGUAAGUUUGAAGAUAAAUGAUUCGUCCAUCAAAUCACUAAGGAAGUUUGUUUUUCCAUCAUGUCUAGAAAGCAUAGACUUGGGGCUGAAUGAAAUUAAAGACAUAAACCUGUACAGAAACCCACUAAUUGGUAAAGAGUGGUCACAACUUAAUUGUCUAAAGGAACUUAUAUUAUCCGAUAAUGAGAUUAGUUCUGUGUCAUUGAAGAAUUGGAUUCCUCCUAAGUCAUUAAAGAUUUUGGAUUUAGGGUAUAAUAGUGGUAUUAAGUGUUUAGAUAUUUCCAUUUUUGAUAUUAAAACGAAGGAAUACACUAGUGGUUUGAGUUCAGUUGAUAUCAACAAUUGUAAUAUUGAACAUAUACCUUCAAGUAUGUAUUUACCAGAAAAUGUCAUGUAUUUAAACCUUAGUUGCAAUCCAAUUAAAAGGCCGAUUCUCCCGUCAAUUAUUUCCAAACAUAAAAAGUUAAUACAAUUAUUUUUGGGAUAUAAUGAAGAGUAUAAUUGGGAAUUUGAAGAAAAUGAAGAAGCAUACGGGUCAAAUUUACAAACUCUUGAGAUUUCUUUUGAAGAAGGUCAACCAGCUAUGGAAAGUUUAAGAAUUCACAAAACUAUCGAGAGGGUGUUUGGAAGAAGAAUAAUUCACGAGCUGAGUUAUUGUUAUGGGUUGCUUAGUCUUGUUCAUCCAGAGUAAUUAUGGAAGUGUUAUAGAGUAGGAA